CUCUAAAUUGUGUGUUCUUUUUGCAGAUAUCACUGUGUUUUAUCAUGGACUUACAAUAAGCAACUUGUGGUGAAUAUUCAACAGGAAUAACAUUCCUAAGAUGUCAGGUGUAAUUCCCAUGGUGUCGGCAUCCCCUCCACCCUUUGAAGAGGACGGUGGUGAUGAUUGGGAUGCUGACUUUGGGAACUUCAUGGGAGCAGACCAUAAUGUAUCAGGACACAGUGAAUCGGAGAACUGGGCAGCCUUCCCAGACUCUGCCCCAGUUACAGAAAAGAGAGUCAGUCCGUCAAAUUUGUCUCAGGAAAAUGAAAAUGUACCACCCACGGAAACAGAACUUAAACUUGAUAUUAAUUGCAGUAAUGUAGUAAGCAGUAGUGACUCAGGGUUAGAAUUAGAUGGCAGCAAUAUCACAGAUAGUGUGUCUCAAGAAUAUAGACAAGGCAUGGAGCUCCAGAUUGACUCAGGACUCUGUAGUACAGAAGUUUCACCAUGUGAUCCAGUGUCUAGAACAUGUAAUGAUAAAGAUUCACAAUCUUUAUCAACAUUAACAGUCUGUGAUUUUCCUGAACAAUCUAGUCAAUCAUCAAAUGAUGACAGUAACGAUAAAUCAGAGGAAAAUUCUGCAUCUGAAAUUCGUUUUAGUAAAUCGGAAAACAUAGAGACGUCAAUUUCAUUAAAUCAAAUGGAUCAUUGCUCUGAAUCUUUUGAAAAAGAUGCUGAACCUGAUUCUGUUAAAAUUGGUGAUUCUGAUGAUAAUGAAAUGUCAGUUCAGGACAUUAGUAUAAAUCAAGAGUGUAAAGACAGUGUUGUAGAGGACCCUUCUUCAAUAGAUCUCAAAAGUGAAAAUAGUGAAGCCAUUCAAACGGAUGAUAAUGAUGAUUGGGGGGAUUUUGGAGAAGUUAAUGAAAAUAUAAACUCAGCAACAUCAGAAAUUUUAGGCACUGGCCAAAUUAAUGAGAAAUCCAAAUCAAUUCUAACCAAUAACACAGAGGAACUGUUCAGUGAAAGUCAGGAAGAUCUUAGUACACCAAAAUUAGAAAGUGAGGAAAAUAUAAAUGAUUUACCCAAGUGUACUGAAGAGAUAUCUGAAGAAAAAGAAAAUUUGGAAGAGGAAAUGGAAGCUAUAAAUGACACAGAUGAUAAAAACAGUGAAGUAGGUAAGGAUAGGAAUUCUGUUGAUGAAGAUGCUGAAGAUGACUUUAGUGAAGCAAACUUUGCAGCACCAGAUGCCGACUGGACCCCUGCACUCCGAGAGGACAUUAAAGGUUUAGAUUUGGAAGAAGAGGAAGAGAAUCUUUGUCAAUUAGACAACAGUGAAAAGAAUGCAUCUAAUGAGGAUAUGGAAAACACUGAUGACCAGAGAGACGUUGACAAUACCCAGUCGGAAACAAAUGUUGCUUCUGGAUUGGAAGAUGAUGAUGAUGAUGAUGACUUUAAUGACUUUGCAGAUUUUGGCUCUACACCAUCAAAUGAUUUAGAAUUUAAAAAAGAAGAAUUUAUUAUCGAUGAUAGACAGGAAAAAAAUGAAGAUGAUUUUAAUGACUUUGCAGAUUUUGGUUCUGCACCUUCAAAUGAUUUAGAGACAAAAAAAGAUAAUGAACUGAGUAGUCAGUUUGCAUCAUUUUCUGAAGACUCCGCUGCUAACAACGAUGGGAACUGGGCCUCAUUUCAGGAGACCAGUGACAACGGAGAGGCUAAAGAUGCUGAUUGGUCGCCAUCAAAGGACAAUUGGAGUAACAAUGAUGCCCAGGGUGGGGAUCAAUGGAAGGAGGGAGGGGAUGAUGAGUGGCAAGAGGGGGGCGGGGAUGAUUUUGGGGACUUUGAGGAUUUUGAUGAUGAACCAACUAGACCAAUACAGAAGGAAAAGGUGGAUGAGCUAUCUAACAAAGCUGUGUCAAGCUGUUUCCAUGGUGAUUCAAGCGAUGUAGACUCGGGGGACCACCUAUCAGCAUUAGAUAACUACGUCCAGAACAAAGAUUCAGAAUCAUCUCCAGAGAAGUCCUCCAAGGUGUGGGGCUCACUGACCAAACAAGCGACUGAGUCGCCUCUCAAGUGGUCCCAGUCAAGGAGCAACAAACAACUGUUCUCCAGCCUCAAGAUUGACACCCGCAAUAUUCUGAUAGGACACAAAAAGCCAUCAGUUCCAAUCUAUGCCUCUAACCUAACUCUCCUAGAACCGACUAAAGGACCAGCUAAACCAACUAAACCAGAACCAACCCUGGUGGACACCAAUAAAGAGGAACCCCAGAAACAGGACAUCCCACCUGUCCAGUUUGAUUGGUCCACUAGUGGACUGGUCAAUCCUUUGCAAGGUGACAACAGCAAGUCCUUAGACCUGGAUUUCCUGGUGGUUCAGGAGACAGAGACUGGAGGCAGAUCUGGAGAGUGGGAUUGGGUGUUUGACUCUGAGUUGAUGCACGGACAAAAACCAAACCUUCAGCCAUUAGAAAACAUCCUUGCUAAUCUGAAGGUCAGCACAGUGAAGAAAAACAGACAGACAGACAAGCUGGGUGCCGAGGCCACCAAGAUCAUUAAGACUUUACCAGAUCUGUCCUUCAUGCAGGCUAAAGUAUUAAUGUUCCCAAUAAGGCACCAGGCAGAGUAACCUAUGGAUUAUACUGUAAUUUACAGCAACCCAACAGAUACAUGUAUAUUGUUGUUUACAGUAACCUAUGGAUUAUACUGUCAUUUACAGCAACCCAACCGAUACAUGUGUAUUGUUGUUUACAGUAACCUAUGGAUUAUACUGUCAUUUACAGCAACCUAAUGGAUACAUGUAUGUUGUUGUUUACAGUAACCUAUGGAUUCUACUGUCAUUUACAGCAACCCAACAGAUACAUGUAUAUUGUUGUUUACAAUAACCUAUGGAUUAUACUGUCAUUUACAGCAACCUAAUGGAUACAUGUAUGUUGUUGUUUACAGUAACCUAUGGAUUAUACUGUCAUUUACAGCAACCCAACAGAUACAUGUAUAUUGUUGUUUACAGUAACCUAUGGAUUAUACUGUCAUUUACAGCAACCCAACCGAUACAUGUGUAUUGUUGUUUACAGUAACCUAUGGAUUAUACUGUCAUUUACAGCAACCUAAUGGAUACAUGUAUGUUGUUGUUUACAGUAACCUAUGGAUUCUACUGUCAUUUACAGCAACCCAACCGAUACAUGUAUAUUGUUGUUUACAAUAACCUAUGGAUUAUACUGUCAUUUACAGCAACCUAAUGGAUACAUGUAUGUUGUUGUUUACAGUAACCUAUGGAUUAUACUGUCAUUUACAGCAACCCAACAGAUACAUGUAUAUUGUUGUUUACAGUAACCUAUGGAUUAUACUGUCAUUUACAGCAACCCAACCGAUACAUGUAUAUUGUUGUUUACAGUAACCUAUGGGAUGUACUGUCAUUUACAGUAACUCAAUGGAUACAUGUAUAUUGUUGUUUACAGUAACCUAUGGAUUAUACUGUCAUUUAUAGCAACCCAGUGGAUAUUGUUGUUUACAGUAAUCUAUGUGAUGUACUGCCAUUUACAUUAAACCUAUGGGAUGUACUGUCAUUUACAGUAAACCCAAGUAUUUACUGUAACCUAUGGGAUAUACUACCAUUUACAGUAACCUAUGGGAUGCAUUGUCAUUUACAGUAACCUAUGGGAUGCAUUGUCAUUUACAGUAAACCUAUAGGAUUUACUGUCAUUUACAGCAACGUAUGGGAUAACUGUAACCUAUGGGAUGUACUAUUUACGGUAAACCUAUGGGAUUUACUGUCAUUUACAGUAAACAUAUAGGAUUUACUGUCAUUUACAGUAAUUUAUGGGAUCAACUGUCAUUUACUCAAGGUGUAUUUCACCAACUUCUACAAGCAUUUUCACACCCAGAAUUAAUAAGUGAUUUUCAUUGUAAGAAAAAGGAAAAUGUAAAUGUCUGAAUAGAUGAUUGUUGAUGAUGUUAAUGAAGAUAUUAUAUUUAUGUCAUUGAAAUGGUGCAUAUGUUUUUUUAUGUUAUUGAACGGUUUUAUUUAUGACAUAAUAAAAAAUAAAUAUCAUGUGUGGUAAUUGAUGUCCCAUAAAGAAGUAGACAUUUUUGAUGUGUAUAACAUUUCUAAUACUGUUAGGUGAACAUAUGCAAUAUGUUAAACCUACGAUAUGUAUUAUUGAGUAAACAAGUCAAUUUUGGCAUUUGUUAAUAUUGUCUGAGGACUGAUCAUACUGUAUUUACCUUGAAAAAUUGAAUUUUUAUUUAUAAAACAUUUUAUCCUCAUCAUUUAU